GGUCCUCUCUUAUCAAGAAGCAAUAUGAAGACACUUUCAGCGUUACUUUUAGUCGUUUUCUUCGCUCAAUUCUGGAGUUAUGGUGAAACAGCAUCAUUAGAAAAAGACCAAGCUUGUCCAAUUUGUGCGGCCGUCUACCAACCUGUUUGUGGUAUCAAUGGAAAAGGCAAUAAAAGAACUUUCCCAAAUAAAUGUGAAAUGGACGGAUACAAUUGUUUUCAAGGAGACGAUUACGAAUUGGAAGGAGAUGAUGUCUGUCCAGAAGUUGUACAACCAGACUUAAAGAAGGAACCCAGUGUCAUAUUAAGAAAAUAAUGAUAUCAGUGUUCAUGGAACAGUAUAAAGUACGUAAACCAAAUCAUAUGAAGACAUAACAUUUCAAAUAAUUAGAUACCAUUUUUUCCCUUUAUUACGUGUAGCAAUCAGAGACAAAACGGGUGAAAUAAACUUUAUCAUCAUUAUCAUCAUAAUGUUGUCAGUCCUAAGACUAGUUGGACACCACCUCCACUUUUCCCUAUACUGAGAAAAUCUUCGUAUUUCCCUAAAACUAGAAUAAUUUGUGACCAGUAAUCUAAUCUAGGUCUACCUCUAGUACUCUUAACUC